AUGCUCUCGUCUCUACGCCCACCACUCCGCUGGCCAGCAUGUCGAAUAUCAUCUCGACAUUUCUCUUUCACUCGUCUGAAGCGCUCCGAACCAAUAGCACCCAGUAAUCUGCAGCCUGGAAACCUCCCAUGGUUCACCUCCUUUCCUUCGUUCCAACAGCAGCUUGCACGGACUAGCAAGCUGCCGUCUUUUUCUGACAGCGUGCGUCGUCCGUCUGUGAGGACGCAGGUGCUAUUCUUCGCAUGCGGCUCCCUCGUUGCUCUAUUCGUCGGUGCGCGGCUCACAAACACGGAGACGUACGAAUGGUCAAAUCGACUUUGUUCCUCUGCGCCUGCAUGGCGGGACCGUCCGCCCACGAACGAUGAGAUGCGACGAGCGCGAUACUACGCCUUUGGCAAGGACCUGCAAGAUAGCCUCGCGGUCAUGAAGGACGCCAUCGAGGACUGGCCUAUGUCGAUUAAGAACGUGCUCAUCUGGACGUACAUCCAGGUCGCGCAGCCGGUCCUCGACACGACCGAGACGCGGCGCCUGGCGUGGGUCGUGGGCGCGUUCAACGGGCUGCUCUACUUCAUGUGGCAGUCCCCGCGCACGCGACUGCUCAUGCAGACGCAUUUCAUGCACAGUCCGCUCUCGGGGCGGUCAUAUACGAUGUUAACGAGUCUGUUCAGCCAUAGACGGUUUGUACACCUCUGGCUGUGUUCUGCAGCGGCUGCAGCAUUCGGCUCCGCCGCCGCUCAGUACCUAUUUGAAGAGCGCAACCACGAUCCAGACAACCUGCGCGAGGCAACGCCAAAGUGGCAUUUCCUUGCGUUCUUCAUUUCAGCGGGCCUCUUUUCCAAUCUCGUCUCGCACGUUGCCGCAUCCCGCAUCAGCUUUCCCCGCCUUGUUGCCCGCUUGCGCUCCUCAGCGGCGUCCGCCCCUCAUCCUUCAUCAUCUGCAGCAGCCUCAAAACCCAAGGCAGGCUUCUUCGCACGCCUUCGCCUCAAGCGAACAGCCUCCCCGGAGGACAUACCCUCCUUCGUUGGUGCGUCCGGAGCAGUCUACAGCGCCUUCACCGUCGUCGCCCUUGCGUACCCCGAUACGGACCUAGCGCUGAAAAUUCCGCCAACAUUCCCAUUAUCCAUCGAGUGGGGUCUCGGCAUGCUACUUGCGCUGGACGUCAUCGGUGUCUUGCGUGGCUGGAGACUGUUCAAUCAUUGGGCGCAUCUGGGCGGGGCGGCAUUCGGGGCAUUUUAUUGGGAGUACGGGCCGUUCAUUUGGGAGGUUUGCAGGUUGUUGACGCUGGGGUCUCUGCCGCCUAUAUUGUGUGAUGUACCGGACGAGCAGGAGGAGCAAUAGAUACUGAAAUCAUUC